CAGAAGACGCACGAGAACACCGCCAUCUUGUGUAUGUCAAAGACAAAACAGUGGAAGGAUCACCCAUUAUUUGGGUGUUUAUUGCGUAUAUAGGCCAUUUAUUGGCCUGUAGAAGCAUGAAUGCCUCUCUCAAGCACUAAUAAGCCAAAUCUGCAAGACGAGCAGAAGUUUGACGACGAAGAGAACCGGAAGAAGCGAAAAUUGAGCGAGGGCAUAUCACCACCAAAUCACAAAAGGGCCCGUGAAAAUAUUGACGAUUCGCAGAUGACUGACUCACAAAGACGAGCUAAUUUCUCAGCAAUAUCAAGUCCAAGCAAUGGACUUAAUAAACAUGUAUCGCCUUUGGCAAAUAACAAGCCAGGUGCGACGAAGAAACUUGUGAUCAAGAAUUUCAAAGAAAAACCCAAGCUUCCUGAGAAUUUCCAGCAACAGACAUGGGAGAAACUGCGGGAAUCAGUGGAGGCGAUCCAGAGGAGUACGUCCAUUCGCUGGAGUUUGGAGGAACUGUAUCAAGCGGUGGAGAACAUGUGCUCCCACAAAAUGUCUGCCCAGCUCUACGAACAGCUAAAGGAAGUCUGUGAUAAACACAUAAGAUCCAAAGUCGAACAGUUCAAAGCUGAAAAUGUUGGAUAUGAACAGUUCCUGAAAAAUGUUGAUGGGUGUUGGCAAGACCAUUGCCGUCAAAUGAUCAUGAUCAGAAGCAUUUUCCUAUUUUUAGACAGAACCUAUGUUUUGCAGACAUCAUCUUUGAUGUCCAUUUGGGACAUGGGUUUGGAGCUGUUCCGCACACACAUCAUGUUCCACCCUGUGGUACAGAAGAGGACGGUGGAUGGCAUUCUUAAGCUGAUAGAACGAGAGAGAAACGGGGAAGCUGUGGACAGACAGCUGAUCAAAAGUCUACUCAGGAUGUUGUCAGAUUUACAGAUGUAUGUGGAUGCCUUUGAACACUCAUUCCUGGAAGCCACUGAACGUUUGUAUGCAGCCGAGGGUCAACAGCUGAUGCAGGAGAGAGAUGUUCCAGAAUACUUGGCCUAUGUAGACAAAAGAAUCAAGGAAGAAAUGGAAAGACUACUGCAUUACCUUGACAUGUCAACCAAGAAACCAGUCAUUAGCUGUGUCGAGAAGCAGUUACUGGAGAAACAUUUAACACAAAUACUGCAAAAAGGUCUGGAUCAACUGUUAACUGAAAACCGAAUCAAGGAUUUAACUUUGAUGUAUCAGCUGUUUUCCAGAGUUAAAGAUGGCCUAAAGGAAAUGUGCACUUCUUUUGCCUGUUAUAUCAAGCUUACAGGUAAAACCAUAGUAAUGAACCCAGACAAUGAUGCAGAGAAAGAUAAAGAUAUGGUUCAGAACUUACUGGACUUCAAGGACAAAAUGGACAAUAUCAUUGAUGUAUGCUUCGCUAAAAAUGAGAAAUUUGUCAAUGCACUGAAGGAGAGCUUUGAGACGUUCAUCAAUCAACGACAAAACAAACCUGCAGAGUUGAUAGCCAAAUAUGUUGAUUCUAAAUUGAAAGCAGGAAAUAAGGAAGCCACAGAAGAAGAAUUGGAGAGGUUGAUGGAUAAAAUCAUGGUGCUAUUUAGAUUUAUACAUGGAAAAGAUGUCUUUGAGGCAUUUUACAAAAAGGAUCUGGCUAAGCGUUUACUGGUUGGAAAGAGUGCAUCCGUGGAUGCUGAGAAAUCGAUGUUAUCCAAACUCAAACAAGAGUGUGGAGCAGCCUUCACAAGCAAACUGGAGGGAAUGUUCAAAGACAUGGAAUGUUCCAAAGAUUUUAACUUGUCUUUCAAACAGCACAUGCAGAAUGUGGACAGUCCUGGGGGCAUAGAGAUGACCGUCAAUAUUCUGACCAUGGGGUACUGGCCUACAUACACACCUAUGGAGGUCCACCUACCGGCAGAUAUGGUGAAGCUGCAGGAAAUCUUCAAGCACUUUUUCUACAGUAAACACAGUGGUAAGAAGUUACAGUGGCAGUCCACCCUGGGACACUGUGUACUCAAAGCCAAGUUUGCAGAGGGAGGGAAAAAGGAACUCCAGGUGUCUCUGUUCCAAACUCUGUGUCUCUUGUUGUUCAAUGAUGGAGAUGAAUUCUCUUUUGAGGAUAUCAGAACAGCCACAGCUAUUGAGGAAGGGGAGCUAAAGAGAACACUACAGUCUCUUGCUUGUGGUAAAGCCAGGGUCCUAAUAAAAAAUCCUAAGGGCAAAGAUGUGGAGAAAGGUGACAAAUUCCUGUUAAAUACUGGCUUUAAACAUAAGCUGUACCGUAUCAAGAUAAACCAAAUACAGUUGAAAGAGACACCAGAAGAGAACACCACCACAACAGAGAGAGUGUUCCAGGACCGCCAGUACCAGGUGGACGCAGCGAUCGUCAGGAUAAUGAAGACUCGGAAAACACUGACUCAUAACCUCCUUAUAUCAGAACUCUACAACCAACUCAAGUUUCCUGUCAAGCCUGCGGAUCUGAAGAAGAGGAUAGAGAGUUUGAUUGAUAGAGACUAUAUGGAGAGAGACAAAGAGAAUCAAAAUCAGUAUCACUAUGUUGCUUAACAUCUUAGUCCCUAGAACUUUUGACAGUUCCUUCAGGAAUGAUUUCUCAUCAGCAAUGAACACUUUGGCAGUGACGGAAUUUUUUUCUUCUAAUGCUAGUAUUCAGUUAAACCAGGACACAUUUAUUUCUUGGGAUUGUAAUUCAAACAUUCAGGCUUUUGAAGAAUUUUACCUCUAUCAAGUUGUGAUGAAAAUUUUCUACUGCGUUUCUAUUGUCAUAUUUAUGGCACAGAGUAAGGUUUUAUGUCGAACCUGUGUAUCCAGUGUUUUGUAAAAUGUUACCUGCCUUGUCACUUGCAUUGCAUUGUUGUAGAUGCAGGGAUGUAUAGAAUUAUAUUUUUGCACUUUAACAGGUCUGAAAAAAGUUUCCUCAAAGGGAUUUACAAUAAUAUGUUAUUUAAAUUCUAAGAUUUUAUUAAUGCUGUACAAUACACAGUAAUGUAUAAGUCUGUGGUGAUACUAUGUUUCAAGUAGAUUAAACUUGGAAGUUUCCAUCUUUUAAUUUGAUUACAGGUAAAUUUUGUUUAUGUGUAAGUAUGACUACUGUACAAAUGUACAUGUACAAUGUAAGUGUGUUGGAGAAGCUGAAAAUAGUGCUGGGAUAUGAGCUAAUGAAAGUGGGUAUGCAAGAUUUAUAUGUUGAUGAAUGGGGGAGAUUGUAGUAAGACUUUUAGAAACUGAUAUUUUUCUGUGCUGUAGCAAACCUUUAUGGAUUUUCAAUGCAGACACAUCAUUUCUCAUAAAUGUUGGCAGAAUUAUUCAGUUUUAUAAAAAUAAAUCUAUGAAAAUAAUAAA